CAAAAGCCUUUUCUUGACAGCCAUUUCUCCCCUGCACACACAGCGAAUCCAACUUUUUUUCUCUCACAAACUCCAUUAAACUCGUAAAAUAAUUCAUCCAGUUCUAUCUUAUUUCUUUAAAUCUCUUAUUUUUGGUUCUGUUUAAACAUAAUAUAUAUAUAUUUAUUUAUUUUCGUUCAAGCUAAAAGUCAAAUCUUAUUGAUAUAUCACUCUUUGUACCUUUGGAAUUUUGUAGACUGGUGGAUCGGUGGUUGUGAAUAUCAAGAUUUUUAGGAGGGGUUAUGGUACACGUUGCUUACUAUAGGAGGCAGCUUAGGUGUGACUGAUUAUAUGGAUAAUUUAUGCUGCUUUAAUUCAAAGUUCUCGAAGCUUGCAGGAGGACGGUCAUCAUGUAGCUCUGGCAAAGGAAGAAGCAAUCAAGGGCCUACCAAGUAUGGCUUCAGCCUGGUUAAGGGGAAAGCUAAUCACCCCAUGGAAGAUUACCAUGUUUCUAAAUUUGUCCAAUUGCAUGGACAUGAACUAGGACUCUUUGCUAUUUAUGAUGGGCAUUUGGGAGAUAGCGUGCCUGCCUAUUUACAAAAGCAUUUGUUUUCCAAUAUCUUAAAUGAGGAGGAUUUUCGGAAUGACCCUCAUAGGGCAAUUUUAAAAGCAUAUGAGAGAACAGAUCAGGCUAUUCUUUCACACUCUCCUGAUCUUGGAAGAGGUGGCUCCACUGCCGUGACUGCCAUUCUUAUAAAUGGUCGUAAGCUAUGGGUAGCAAAUGUUGGGGAUUCGAGAGCAGUCCUUUCUAGGAGGGGUCAGGCCAUCCAGCUCUCGAUUGAUCAUGAACCAAACACCGAACGAGAUGACAUUGAAAACAGAGGUGGUUUCGUCUCAAACAUGCCAGGAGAUGUUGCUAGAGUGAAUGGCCAACUAGCUGUAUCUCGAGCUUUUGGUGACAAAAACUUGAAAUCACAUUUGAGCUCUGAUCCUGAUGUAACAAAUGCUGAUGUUGAUGCGGAAACAGAUCUUCUCAUACUUGCAAGUGAUGGUCUAUGGAAGGUAAUGUCUAAUCAAGAGGCAGUUGACAUUGUGAGGAAGGUCAAAGAUCCAGAGAAGGCAGCCAAGCAAUUAGCGAUCGAAGCAUUGGUCAGAGAAAGCAAAGAUGAUAUCUCAUGCAUUGUUGUCCGAUUUAAGGGGUAAUUUUGAUCCAUGGGAAUUUAUCGCAGUGUGCAGUAUAUAUAUUUAUUAGAGGGGUAUUUGUUAGAUGAGGCACUUCUAUAGACUGACAGAAUGCAUAAAGUCUCGGACAAUCCUGCAUAAAUUAUUAAAAUGUUUCCAGAAAAGAGAUUAUGCUAUGUUCCUCUCCCCCAACCCUCUGUAAUAUUUAAAUUCUUUACUCGGGCCGUGUGGUUGUUAUGUGUUGAUUUAUUCAGUUUGUAGAUUCUCAGUAUCA